UACAGGAGAUGACCAGAGACUGCGGACUCAGUACAGGAGAUGACCAGAGACUGCGGACACAGUACAGGAGAUGACCAGAGACUGCGGACAUAGUACAGGAGAUGACCAGAGACUGCGGACACAGUACUGAUGACCAGAGACUGCGGACAUAGUACAGGAGAUGACCAGAGACUACAGACACAGUACAGGAGAUGACCAGAGACUACAGAUAGUACAGGAGAUGAACAGAGUUCUUUUAGCAAUGCACAGAUGUACAGCAGUCUGUGGGGGGAAGGAC